CCCCCGCCCCCCCCAGCUCCAUCCGCCGCCGCCGCCCGAGCAGCUGCGGGGCCGCCGCCGCCGCCGCCGCCUUUGCAGGCUGAGUCAUCACUACAGAGUGGGAAGGGCAAGGGCAGCAUCAGCAGAGAAUCCAAACCCUAAAGCUGAUACCAGAAAGUACCGUUUCUUCAAGUUUGGGGCUCAGAGGGGAGACAUCAUGAGCGAUGUUACCAUUGUGAAAGAAGGUUGGGUUCAGAAGAGGGGAGAAUAUAUAAAAAACUGGAGGCCAAGAUACUUCCUUUUGAAGACAGAUGGCUCGUUCGUAGGAUAUAAAGAGAAACCUCAAGAUGUGGAUUUACCUUAUCCCCUCAACAACUUUUCAGUGGCAAAAUGCCAGUUAAUGAAAACAGAACGACCAAAGCCAAACACAUUUAUUAUCAGAUGUCUCCAGUGGACUACUGUUAUAGAGAGAACAUUUCAUGUAGAUACUACAGAGGAAAGAGAAGAAUGGACGGAAGCUAUCCAGGCUGUAGCAGACAGACUGCAAAGGCAAGAGGAGGAAAGAAUGAAUUGUAGUCCAACUUCACAAAUUGAUAACAUAGGGGAGGAGGAGAUGGAUGCUUCUACAACUCAUCAUAAGAGAAAGACAAUGAAUGAUUUUGACUAUUUGAAACUACUAGGUAAAGGCACUUUUGGGAAAGUUAUUCUGGUACGAGAGAAAGCAAAUGGGAAGUACUAUGCUAUGAAGAUUCUGAAGAAAGAAGUCAUUAUUGCAAAGGAUGAAGUGGCGCACACUCUAACUGAAAGCAGAGUAUUAAAGAACACUAGACAUCCCUUUUUAACAUCCUUGAAAUAUUCCUUCCAGACAAAAGACCGUUUGUGUUUUGUGAUGGAAUAUGUUAAUGGGGGAGAGCUGUUUUUCCAUUUGUCGAGGGAGCGGGUGUUCACGGAGGACCGCACACGUUUCUAUGGUGCAGAAAUUGUCUCUGCCUUGGACUAUCUGCAUUCCGGAAAGAUUGUGUACCGUGAUCUCAAGUUGGAGAAUUUGAUGCUGGACAAAGAUGGACACAUAAAAAUUACAGAUUUUGGGCUUUGCAAAGAAGGGAUCACAGAUGCUGCCACCAUGAAGACAUUCUGUGGUACACCCGAGUAUCUGGCACCAGAGGUGUUAGAAGAUAAUGACUAUGGCCGAGCAGUAGACUGGUGGGGCCUGGGGGUUGUCACGUAUGAAAUGAUGUGUGGGAGGUUACCUUUCUACAACCAGGAUCACGAGAAGCUUUUUGAACUGAUACUGAUGGAAGACAUUAAAUUUCCUCGAACACUCUCUUCAGAUGCAAAAUCAUUGCUUUCAGGGCUCUUGAUAAAGGAUCCAAAUAAACGCCUUGGUGGAGGACCAGAUGAUGCAAAAGAAAUUAUGAGACACAGUUUCUUUUCUGGAGUAAACUGGCAAGAUGUAUAUGAUAAAAAGCUCGUACCUCCUUUUAAGCCUCAAGUAACAUCUGAGACAGACACCAGAUAUUUUGAUGAAGAAUUUACAGCUCAGACUAUUACAAUAACACCACCUGAAAAAUAUGACGAGGAUGGCAUGGACUGCGUGGACAACGAGAGGCGGCCACACUUCCCGCAGUUUUCCUACUCUGCAAGCGGCCGAGAAUAAGCCUCCACCACCCUGCUCCUUCACUGUCUUCUAGAUCUAUUCCAGAAAAUGAUUCCCAGACCCCCCCCACUAUCCGAGCUCUUACAGAUAGCAGGGCCACCCUCUGACAUCCCAGACCAGCCAAGGGUCCCCCCCUUGCCGCCGUUCACCCUCAUGAACACACACACAGACGCACACACACUCCAGUUUUUGUUCUUGCAUGAAGUUGUAUCUCAGUCUAAGGUCUCAUGCUGUUGCUGCUAUGGUCUUACUAUUCUAGCAACUUUAAGAAGUAAUUUUACAAUCUUUGGAAGUCAUGAGCCCACCAUCUCUCAUCUGUAUACCAGCUGUCACCUUUAGCUCUUCUAGUUUUUUUUUUUCCCCCCUAACAGGGAAGGCUAAAUGAGAAACACUGAUUCUAGGUACAUUUUUUAACUUUCUAGAAGAUAAAUCAAAAACUAAUUAGACUAAGAAGAUUUAGCUUGUAGCUCAGAACAAGCAGUUGUGGAAGGAUGGUGAUGUGCAUAUGCAAAGCUUUAGUAAAGUGUAUGCGAUCAAUGCAUAGAGUAGUUGUAUGUUACAAAGGUUUGGCUGGAAUUCAUUAGGUAGCAUUUGAGAGAAGGACUGAACAACUGUUGAUACAUAUAUAUUUUAAUUCCUGUUGGAUACUGCAAAGGAAGCCCAAUAUCACUGGAUGUCCAGACUUCACGGGCAUCAUGGGCAGAUGAACCUUGCUCUGCAAGAAACAAAAGCAUAUGCACAGAGUCAAAGUCAUUUAGAGGGUCUUAGGACACAGUUUGCACCAGAGAGCAGUUUUUCCCUGUGCUUGGAAACCUUUUUCCUUUCUUGAUACCACCUCUGAUGGCUGAAGAAUGUAGACAGGUUUAAUGAUCCUGCUUUUCACCAAAAUUUGUAUACCAAGGUAAACAGGUGUUUGCCAUAUUUGUUUUAAUUUUUUACUCUCAGUUCUUUGUGAAGUAGCUUUUUCUCAGAUGUUACAACUUUGAAUGUCCAUUUACGAUUUUGUUUGUAUUGCAGUAGUAUUUAUUUUUUAGUGAUGAAAAUUGUAUGUUAUGUUAGCAGAUGCAGUCCCACCUUAACACCAGGUAGACUUAUUGCAGUUUCUUUUGAUCCAUGUGCAAGGAAUGUACACGCCACUGAGAAUCGUGCACUUUUCUCCUCUGUAAAAAAAAAAAAAAGUAAGGCUCUGAAAUUGUAUAUAUUGGUUAGAAUUUGUCUUUGGGAGAAGAGAUGCUAUCAUUUAACCCCUUGGUGCUGAAAAUGAGAAAAGCCCCAACUGUCCAUGCCAAGGGGUUCCUGAAACAAAAGAUGUUGAUGUCGGCUCAGUUGAGAACUGAAAUGUUCCGGCGGCCUGGCAGCGUGAUGUAGCGGAGAAAAUCGAGGCCGGGGUGGCAGCAGGAAACGAGCUUCAUGUGGCCACAUGGACGUAGGUCCAGUGUUUACACAGUAGGCAGGAAAGGAUAAGAACCUGGUGUGUUUAUUCUGGUCAUGGUACAUCUAUCACUGAAUUAAGCCAUCAGGGAGAGAAAAACAAAAGAAGAAAACCUCCAGCUUUUCUCUUUCUGUGUAGACUCAUGUCCCCAAAUUCCAGCGUUUCUCACUGAGGGGACGUGUAUGCAAACCUCAUCUUUCUCCCUCAUUAAUGACGAUCUUCUGAUUAAACCCUUCGGUGCUAGGAGCUGACAUUUUCCAAAGCAGCCUAUGAAGUCCGGGGGCCGGGGCCAUCCCCUCCUGGGGCGAUCGUGGAAAUGUGUUCUGACAACCCGACAGCUCCCAACGGAGACUACAGCACGACGUAGUGUCCCGACCGCACUGUGCAGAAGGGCACGUGACUUUCUAAGUAGGCCGAGUCACUCGUGUGCAGAUGUCUUAGCCUCGGCGCUGGAAGUGUGGGCUGACAGCUACGGAACCACUGCUGGCAGUGGGUGGGCCACUGGGACUGAUGGGGCUAAAGGGCAUUUUACUAAGGCAGCUAAGACACAUUCAGACAUAGGUCUUAUCCUGAUUUUUCAUAUUUCUACCUGAGUGGACUUCAUCUGUAGUGUUAAGUAGGAAGUUACAGUAAGUAGUAGUUAAUUCUUUCUCAUACAUAGAGCUUAACUUUUUUUUUUUUCCACUUGGAAUUAUGUUGAAUGUUCACUUUGAUAAGAAAGUAGAUGAGAAGAAAUGUCCUUUGAGAUGUCCUGCAUCCAUCAUAUGAGAAGGGGACAGGGGGAGGAGGAGAGAGCUGAGACAGAGGGGAAGCGCGACACCGUCCACUAAGCAUAUAGCUUGUUGUUGUUUUGGUUUUGUCUCCCCAAAUCUCAAGAUGAUUUCCAGGACCUUGGCCAAGGACACUUCUAAAGAUUAAUGACUGGCACUGACAGUGCCCCAGACUGGCCACUCCUUUUAGCUGGCUCUCAGUCCCCCAGCCAUGCCAGUCACUUAUCCCCUGAGACACCAUGAGUGUCACACAAGUGUUUUCUUGUCUUUGGUUUUGAGAACCCUUUACUUUCACUCCCAGAUCUCAGUCGGCUGGUGUGGAGGAAUGGUAGAAAUGCAGAAAUGUGCGUGAAGGGAGAUUCCUAAAACUUCCCUUGUGUUGCCCAUGGCUGUGGGUUUGGAUCGUGGCAGGUGCAGCGGCCUGAAACCUGGAAUCAGUCUCGCAGAAAACGGUUCAUUCAGUCUUUGCAGACUCCAGCUCAUACUGUCUUGAAGUUUGACCUCUUGCCAUAAUGCAGCCGUCUUGGAGGGAAUUGACCCUUUCUGCUUGGGUCGUGGGCAGGGUCACCACAGCUUUGCUUCCCACACCAAUGACAUAGCAUCAUUCCAGUAUUGUUUCCAUUGCCCAUACUUGGUUUCUGGCUUCUUAAAGUGGACUGUUCUUGCAGGGGCCACUUGCUUCUCCUAGAGGACAAAAGUAAGGGCCUUCCUUACUAACUGCAGGGUCUAUAUCUUACACCUCAGUGUACACACUUUGCUGCUACUGUUUGUACUGUCUACAGUAGAAUUUCCUUAAUCUUGCUCCUGGUAGUGCAUUACAGGCAAGCAUGAAACGUAAAGUAUUUAUUUAAAUAAAAAGAAAACCUCUAAAUUGGUAGCUUUAUAGUUUGUGACAUCUCUUGACCUUGCUAGUUCUUUCAUUAGCCCCACGCAAGAUCUAGUCAUCUGGUUAAAUAUUUUAAGCAGACGUUAACUAUGAACCCAAGAAACUGUAUUACUAUUACUGUCGGUCAUACUAAAACUGUUUAUUUCCUUAAGUAUAUGACCCACAAGGAUGUGAAAUAACUACAGGACGCUGUUUUUGUACACUGUACAUCCUUAGGAUUUUUACACGUAUAUGAUAGGGACGCCCAUGACCUUCCUUCGUACAGAC